UACACUUAAAACGCAUCUUAAAUUUAACACAUUUAACGUACGAAGAGAUGACCACGUGUCUGGUUCAGAUUGAAGCCAUCCUAAAUUCCAGACCACUCACACCUCUUUCUUCCGAUCCUUCCGACCUUACUUGCCUCACUCCCGCUCAUUUCCUCAUAGGACGCUCACUCUUGUCGGUUCCUCGCCCAAUGGUCAGCGAUACAAACAUCGCCGCCAUGGAUCGCUACCAACGCAUCGAGGCGCUCAAGCAGCACUUCUGGCGGAGAUUCUCGGCUGAAUACGUCUCUCUGCUACAACAGCGCAUGAAAUGGCAGAGGGGCUCAAUCACAAGUCUCCAGCUAGGUAGCCUGGUGCUCGUGAAAGACAGAGCGCAGCCACCACUUUUAUGGCUGCUUGGAAGAGUGGAGAAGGUGCAUCCAGGACAGGACGGAGUGGCUCGCGUGGCAGAGAUCAAAACAAAGAAGGGAGUCAUCACGCGGGCCUUUAACAACAUUUGCCCCCUUCCGAUUUCCAACUCGCGCGGGCAGGAUGUUUAGUGCUAUAGCACUGCACAAGGCGUGCGCGGCGGCGGGCUGCGGGAGCGGGGAGCCUCGCGGUGCGGCGCCGGCGCGCGGCACAAUGCAUUCGCGGUGCUACCGGCUACAUGAUCAUACCAGUGUUUCUUUAUUAAACAUUUGAUUAUAUUAAACAUUUUUAAAAAACCAGCUAAAAGUGUACAGUCCAAUUCAAAGUCAAAUUCAAGUGCAGUGCAACAA